CCUCGAUGUUCAUUUAUACACCUUCACGAAAACGUGCACACAUGUCUCCUCUUUUUCGUCAGACAUCCAAGUUUUUUUUUUUUUUUUAACAGUAUACGCCAAUCACAAGACCAAUGUGAGGUGAAUGUAACUAACAAUUUUUCGAUCGACGAUCGUUGCAGGAAAGACCUGCCGCCAACUUACGUGGAAGGAUUUCACGAUCUCGAGGCGGUGAAAUGUAUGGAGUACAGGACUUUGGGCAAAACAGGAUUGCGAGUCAGUAAACUGUCCCUCGGGGGUGGAACAUUGGGCUGUCAUUUCGGGGAUUACGACGAAGAGGAGGCCAUACAGACGAUAAGGAAAGCGUUGAAAAAGGGCAUAAAUUACAUCGACACCGCUUACUGGUAUGGACAGGGGAGAUCCGAGACAGUGCUGGGAAAGGUACUCUAG